CUUUCCUGCAGCUCAGCACAGACCACCAGGCGCACCGGCAGCCCCCGUCUCUCUCUGCUGACUCAGUGCCUUAACAGCAGUCCCUUCACCCGGUGAUACACCAUCCAGACACCGACGCACAUUUCUCCGGCCAGCUCACCCCAGCGACACUCUUCAGACAUGGCUAAGACCGCAAUCGCUUACAAGGAGAAGAUGAAGGAGAUUUCUGUCCUCUCUCUCAUAUGCUCCUGUCUGUACCCCGAGAGCCGCAAAAACAUUUUGGGGGACUUUGAAGACAUGGACAUCAAGCCAAUCAACAAGCGUGCGUCAGGUCAAGCCUUUGAGGUCAUCCUAAAGCCGCCGUCUCCUACAUCUGAUGCGGCUCACUGCAUCACCAGCCCCCCAAAGAGGGACAUUUCCCUGGAGGACAUCCAGAAGAAACUGGAGGCAGCUGAGGACAGGAGGAGAUCCCAGGAGGCGCAGAUCCUCCGGAUCCUCGCAGAGAAACGCGAGCACGAGCGCGAAGUGCUGCUGAAGGCCAUGGAGGAGAACAGCAACUUCAGCCGCAUGGCUGAGGAGAAGCUGCAAGUGAAGAUGGAGCAGAUCGAGGAGAACCGGCAGGCCUACCUGGCGGCCAUUAUGGAGCGUCUGCAGGAGAGGGAGAGGCAUGCUCAGGAGGUGCGCAGGAACAAGGAGCUGAGAGAAGAGUUGAUGCCGUGAGAGGCCCCAACGGCCUCUACACCCCCCACCCCCACCUUCAGUCACCACCUCCCGUCUGAGGAACACCUCCCUCCCCACCUCGUCCUACAUGUCCACACCUCUCCACCCGUCUCCCUGACAUACCCACCUCCCCUCUUGUAUUGCUACGAAACUUUGAAGAAACGCCACCCUGAGAUAGUGGGAGAUUCAAAUAGGGUUGGGGGUGGAAAGGAUUGCAAAAAUGUAAAAAAAUAAAUAAAAAAAA